GAUGCAAUUCUUAUAAGUAAUAAGCGGUGUCUUUUGCCUUAUAAGGUUUUAUUUUUUUUUUGACAACUAGAUUCGUGUGCUUUGUGAUAGCACUCACCUGUAUAAAUAUAACUAAAAUUCCACUAUUUGACCCUGAAGGAUGGCCGCAAGUAAAAACAAAAAGAAAAAAUCGAAGAAAGGACAAACAAAUUUAAGACUAGCGCAUUUCCUACAUGAACAUUUGUGGAAAAUAUGUCUUGCCAUUGCCAUAUUCGAUCUAGCGCAUGCGCUUUUUUUUGUUCUCCAAGCGACCAUUUCAUUGGUCACGAGAUUCAAUAUGUUCUCAACAUUGGCGCUACUGGGAACUAUAUUUUGGGUGCUUAUGGUGGUACUGUUUCUUGUGGGUCUGUGGAAGAGACGUCCUGUAUUUGUUAAAGCCUGGCUUAUCUUCUCGAUAAUUGGCUUUCUCGCGGAUAUAGGAUUUUUGAUCUGGGGAAUCGUGUCGUCUGUAACAAUCGACUGGGAUAACUUGAAAGAGUUUACCAUUAUAUUUGUGGGAAUUUUUAUCGAGAUCACCUGUAUAUACGUGGUAUACAGGUACUAUUUGGUUAUGGAUCCCUGUCGAUUGGUCGAUGAGCCCGAACGAGGGAGAAAGAAAAAAUCAAGGAAGCCGCUUGAUAAAAAGGCUUGUAAAGAAAGCAAGAAGAAGGAAAAGAAGAAGAAGAAGCCGGAAAAGAAAAAUAAGAGAUAAAACUAAUUCUUCUUUUUAAGAUUC